UCCAUAAACCUUUACCUUAAUUGUGGCAACACUGGCCAGUUCGUAGUGAGAGAGAGAGAGAGCAAAAUCAGGAGGCGAGCUGUCACACCAAAGCAACCGAGUGAAAAACCCCACACAUCACGAACUCACUUCGCUGACCCGCACAGAAGAGUGGCGUACUGUUGUUUAGUGAGCAGCUCCUCAUCUUGUUCUGUCGUGAACUUGCCAACGUAAUCAUCGCUAUUUUUAUUUUAUUUUUCUACCUAAUUGUGCGACUUUUUCUGUUCUUCUACUGGAUGCAGAACAUUUGCGAAUACGAUUACGGAAACUGCAGAGUUGUUCCUUGGUGUUCACAUUCGAUAAUCAUCUGCCAAAAAGUGGCGAAAACAAAAGAUGGCGUUGAAUAUUGCUGUUCCGCUGACGACCGUCGGAGAUCUGAUGGACGGCUUCGGACUUCUGUCGCCGAUUUCACCACUCAGCGUCGAUUGCCUUGGUGUUGCCACGGCCGGAAACCACGGUAAGAAGCAACUGGUCUCGCCCGUUGGCAGCGAAUCGAGUGGCGUCAGCUCUCUGGAUUCUGAUGAGAUUAAGAAACCGGCCUCGCCACCAACUACACCAACGGAAGAAGUGGAAAGACCAACGGCCAGCUCUCCGCUGCCACCGUCUUCGACGAUCGAUUCCGACACGAUUAUCGCCGCUCCGGAAGCCACCGAAAAUAAAUCGUCAGGCUGCUCGUCGACCCGUUCCUCGCUUUCGUCGACGGAUAGUAUCAGCAGUGAUUGCAACAGCUCGGAGGAAUCGACCCCAGUUGAUGAUUUGCCCGAACCGCAACCGACCGUUCCGAAGGAGGUCAAAGUCGUAAUCGGUGGUCGUAAUGUGCUUAACCUUAUGGACAACCUAACUUCGCCAGGUCACUUCCGUUUGCAAUUCGCUCAGCUGCCGGAGAACGAUAAUAUCCAUUUCUUUCUGGACAAUCGCUCCCAGUAUCAUCGCUUGGGAGCGAACGGACACAUCCAGGAGUACACUAUGGUUAACUGUAAAUGUUGUGAUUUUCGAUAUCCGGUAAAUGGAACAUCACCGACAAGCGGAGGGGUGACAACGCCCAUUGGUCAAACCAACUGGGCAACGACGGUCCAACAGCAACAUCAGACACAACUACAACAGCAGCAGCCGUUCCAGUGGAACAGCUUCAACAAUUACGAUAGUAUUUCAAGUAGGAGUAAAUUGGGUCUUAACGUUGCGGCCAGUGCAUUUAACAAAACAUUCGGGGGUGGUAACAACAACAACAACAACAACAACAAUGGCAGUCAGUAUUUCCGAAGCAACAAUGCCACUAGUCUCUUUGGAAGGGAUUCCAACCGCAGCAACAGUAGCGGCAAUUUCCUCAACAGCAGCACCAGCACGUACAAUAACCAUAAAUCAUAUCAACAGAGCUUCGGUACAUCUAACAACAGCAACAACAGCAGCAAGUUCAACACUCCUUACGGUAACUACCAAUUCCAACAACAACAGCAGCAACAUCUGCUCUCAAAGAACCAACAGAUGCGUUUCGGUAGUGGAAAUGGUAACGGUUCGGGCGGAUUCAACGCGUCCGCAGCGGUCGCUGCCGCCACGGCUAUGGCAGGACAGAACAUGCUGAACUUCAACGGCAAUUUCAAUGGAAAAAACAACAACAAUAACAACAACAACAUGUUUGCUUACUACAAGGCCAUGAUGAACUAAAGAAUUCCGUAAUUCCAGUAUACACCGAGGAAGUAAUCGGUGUCCUCGUUAGAUUGUCAAAAUUCAGCGCGCCAUUGUGUGGCCUCUUCAUCAUCGUCUUCGUUAUCACAUAGAUAGAUCGUGCGCGAGAGCUAAGCACCUAGUGUCCGGACGUAACAUAGUUCCUUUGAGCCUGACGAAUCCUUCCAAAAAUCAGUGUUGUAAGAAACCGGCUUGACCAGCCCAACCGACGCAAAUUACGAAUGCAGUGGAACGAGAGGUUGCUAUCUAGAUCAACACAUUACAGUUUUAUUUUUAACUUCAGGAUAUUUAAAAGCAAGCCAACAAAAUCCGUUGUAAUUAUUUUACAUACAAACACGCAAGCAUACAUUUAUAUAUAUUUUAGAAUAAUUGACUUUGCAUAAGAAAUCAAUGUUGAAUUUUAGUUAUUUAUUAUUGGUAUUGAUGUCGAUUGUAUUUCCAAGCAAAAUUCAUGCUAGAUCGAGCUCCUAAAUAUUAGAUUCAAUUUAUUUGUUCUACCAUUUUUUUUUAAUUUUUCCAAGCAUCAAGAAGGCAGCAACGGAUGUAUCGAUCGAAUGUCGCCCUAUUAUUAUUUUUUUUACUGGAAAUAUGAUGAUAGAGAAUUUAUACUACUAGACAGAGGAAAGGAUCUCAUAGUCAAUCAGUUGGAUUAAGAUCGAAACGCAAAAAAAAAACGAACCGAAAAACUGUAGGUUAAAAAUUUAGGGCACAGCCUUUAGAUAAAGACAGAAAAUAAUGUUUCCAUCCCGUGGCUUUUUUGCGCGCUUUAUUAGUAAUAUAGUUUUGAAUGUACGGUAUAGGCAAAAAUCGGUAAAGAUAAAUAAAGGAAAAAUUUUAUCACGAAGAGAGCUAGACGAAGCAAGUGUGUGCGUAUAAGUUUUGAAGCAAAACGAUGCACCUUUUAUUUUGAAAUCAAUGAAAUCAAAAAUCAACCGUUCAAGAGUCAUAUUGGCCACCACCCGAACAAUGAAUGUGUACCUAGUUAAUUAAUCGUUAGUUCAUUUCGACCGUUUCCGUCGCAAAUUGAUUCGAGGAAACGCACACACUUACAUGCACACACACAGGCGAAUGUGUGUUCUGCUGGAAGCAGAAUCAUAGUGAGAUUUCAGCUUACUUGCCAUUUUCAGGGAUUCUAACAAAGAAAGAGAAAAGUGUUUCAAAGACCAACUCUUAAAAAAAAAAACAGAAGGCAGCAACUUAGAUACAAAACAACAAGCAGUUAAAUGACAAAAUGCCAAAAUCUAGUAGUUUACGAUGAAAUUGUGUUUUUUUUUUUCUUUCUUUUUGAUAUUUAGUCGGAAAGUAAAAUAAGGGAGAAAUCUAGAGCAAACAAUACUCACUGCAUUCGCGUAGUACCACCACUACUCACACAGUAUAAAGCUGAGCAACACAAUAACUAUCUCAACGGGGGAACAAGAGAGAGAGAGAGAGAGAACGAACCAAGCUUCCAAUUUGAUUGAUUGUGGGAUGCACGAUUUUUUUUUUCUUUAUAUAUAAUUUUUCUUCGUUUUCCUUUUUAUCUGCCAAUCUGAAUCAUUCGUGUGCUAGGAGUUUGUAGAAAGAUUUUAAGUAAAAGUCAUAUUAGCUGAUAGGGACAAAAUUCAAUACAAAGCAAAUGUGUACAUUUCCGAAGGAUUGUAGACUUAGGAUAGAAAAAAAACGUCAGUUUCUGAAAUUAUUAAUAGACUUUAAAAAAAAACGUUUCAAAAACAACAACUAGAUGGCAUCUUUUUAAUUUGCUCCAC